GGCGCGGUGGCACUCGCCACCAGCCAGCAAAGGAGGAGAAGAAAAAAAUGGACUAGUAGGGUUGGUAGAAUCGCGGAUGAAGGCGGUACCGCGCGCGGAUGAGAAGGCUCGAGUAAACGGAUAAUGCGUAUGAAUUUGCGCAGGUUCGUAAUCGGUCUGCUCGCAUUUCUCGUGAUAUUUUGGUUGUUUGGAAAGAAUAAAUUAUUGCUUCUGGCUGGUGACGAUGGCGGCGGCGGCGGCGGCGGCGGCGGCGGCGAUGACGGGGAAAAACGGAUAAUAGAUGAGCAGCCCGUCGAGACUUCCGUCGGUUAUGAGAAUAUCGCGGUAAUCGAGCAGGAAAAACGAAAUAAUUUGAGAGGGUCGGGGCGCGCGUACGCACCAGGGGCGUAUAUGGCUGGACGACGCCCGGGAAAUCACUCGUUUUGCAAAUGGUAUCACGGCUUACCGAUCAAUCUCGAAUAUCGAGCGGAGAAAAUAGUCUCGAGUCCUCAAGCUCGACGACGCGGUGGAGCUUCUUACAGAGUAUUGCCUUAUGCGACUCGAGGCUGGGGCUGGGGCUGGGGUUACAACAGCAUAUACUCGGAGCAACAGGACGAGCGAUUUCAUUUAGCGAGAGAUUUGGCUCUUUGCACUCACGCGACCGCGGACCAGGUUUAUCACGUCGUUGAGCUCGCGACACGAUGGGAAGGCCCCAUUAGCCUCGCCGUUUUUGCUCCCGGUUUCGAUGCUGGACUUGCCGUAACUCUCCUCGAACGUGCCUGUCGCUGCGAACCUCAAAUGGCCAAGGUGACGGUACAUCUGGUUUUUCCGGUUGGACGUCCACCCGUCCUGAGCCCUCUCGUUCGUCGGGUCUCCUUCGGUGAUUGCGCGGCUUCCGAUCUUCAAUUUAAAAAAUCGGAUACCGAGAGAAAAAAACGCGGCAUGCGUUAUCCUAUAAACGUUGCGAGAAACGUAGCGAGAAGCUUGUCACCGGGGAAAAGAGUCCUCGUCUCGGAUAUCGAACUCUUACCGAGCGAACGACUCGCCUCCGGAUUCCUCCGAAUGAUCAACACCCGUCGGCUACCCGUUCCUACCGAUCGUACCGAUCUUGUUUUCGUAGUGCCUAUUUUUGAGAUCGAUGCUCGCGAAAGAGCACCGAGGAACAAGACUCAACUCGUUGCUGCCGUCCGAAAUGGUCUCGCCGUUUAUUUUCAUCGUUUUGUUUGCAUCCAUUGUCAAAGAUUUCCCGGUAUAACCAGAUGGAUGCUUCGACCUGAUCCCGGUCGCGUCAAACCGCUCAUCCUCACCAGACGAGAAUAUCCGUAUCAUCGAUGGGAACCCGUUUUUAUCGGGACCAAAGACGAUCCUAUGUACAACGAAGACAUGUCCUGGGAAGGCCGUCAAGACAAAAUGCUACAGAUGCUGGAAAUGUGUCUGAUGAAUUAUCGUCUCAUCAUAUUGGACGGUGCUUUCCUCGUCCACACCCCUGGAAUUAAGUACAAACCCUCGUCGCCCUCGUCGCGAAUGGAUAUGAGCAACGAGAGCCACCCUGCUGCUCCGGCCAGCCUUGAAGAAAUCCGAAAUGCUCGUAUAUAUCACAAUUUUACACGACGAUUGCUCCAAAAGUAUCCCAUUAAUAGAAAAUGCGGACAAUAACAGAGAUAUUCCUCCCCCCUAUAUCAUUUCGCAUUAUUUUAUUCUCAGGGGAAUUUAUUUAUUGCGCGCUUAUUUUGUCGAUCGCGCUUAUAAAUAUGUCGCAGCAGGUCACAGCUGCUGCCCUUCUCGUACCGAUUUUACAAUACUACACUAAUAUUCUUAAAACAUUUUGUUACUAUAUAAAUUAUUAUAUUAUAUACAUGAGUCAAGCGAUAUUACAUGAUAUCAUUGACGCGGCGGGAAGGAUAUAUAUUCAUAGUUGUAAAUAGACAUGAACGAUGAAAUGCGUUUAGCCGGGCCCAAGAACCUAGCCUAACUUCAGAAUCUAGUUCCAGACGGUAAGCAGAGAUGUCGCCAUGGUCGUUUUUUUUUGUAACGGUGUAGCUCGAAUUGAAUAUGGGGCUUUCCAUUGUAACAAUUUGAAAAACCAGCAAAGUCUGACGUUAGCUAGAAUACAAUUUAAAGCAUUGCGAAUAGCUAUGGGAUAUAGAAAAUCAACGCCUACGAAUGUCAUUCUGGCUGAAGCGAACGAACCACCACUUAAACUGAGGUUUGAAUAUAUGUGUAGAAACUAUUUUACGAGAGUAUGCUCCAACAGUGAGCACAAACUGCUACCGAUAUUAGAAGAUUUAAACGACUAUUUAGAAAGUCCUGUGAGAAUCACAAGAGGUGUAAUACCAAGUAUUAUCAAAAUAUUUCGAGAACAUGAACAACCUAUAAAACACUACAUAGCUAAAAUCCCCGAAACCACACUGCUUCAUUAGUUACUCCAUAUGACUCCCUAUUUUUCAAACCAGAAGUCUCAUUUACAGAGGGUAGACGAAUUCAAAAAGCUGAUAAAUGCAAUGAGGUGUUUAAUAAAGUUUUCGAAGAGAAGAUGAGGGAAUCAAUCGCUUUCUUUACAGAUGGCUCUAAAAUGAAAAAUAGAGAGCUUGUAAGUGUCGCGACAGUAAGGAAAAACGACAAUCGGGCUUUCAUGUUCAGAGUUCCAAAAUACGCAUCGAUAUUCACAGCAGAAGCAAUGGCCUUAAUAGAGACACUUAAAAUUAUAAAAGAGACGUCGAACAAUAAGUUUACAAUUUUCUCCGACUCAAAAAGCGUGUUAGAGUCUAUAAAUGUAUUUCCAAAACUUGACGGAAACUCCCAGUUGAUUUUUUCUAAUUAAAGAUUCAGUUAAAACGA